UUGUUUUAAGCUUCAACAGGUUUUAUAUUCAAACAUUUCCAAUAAUUUUCCCCGGCAUUUCCCCGGUAUACAUAAUGAGUGGAGCUACCGUAGAUGGUUCUGGCACGUGGCCGGUGUGUUUACAUUACCAUGAGUGGAACAACCAAGCUGACGAUAUGUACCCUCCGAUCUGUYAGCGUCGUUAAGAACAAAGUAGGGACUGUAAUUGUACAAGAUGGCUUCAGUCGAACAUCAUGGUGAUCAUCAUCAGCCAAGAAAAUCAGCCAGGCAGAAAGCAUUCUGUUUGUCAAAGUAUCUUACAUUUUGGUGGUUGAACCCAUUGCUGAGCCGAGGAUUUAAGAAGUCACUUCAAGAAAGUGAUUUGAAUGAGCUUGUGUCUCUUCAUGGUCUUGGUAUAGAGGAGACAACUAGUCAGCUACAACAACAUUGGAAUAAUGAACAUAAGAAUAUUAAAAAGAAGCCAAGCUUGUUUAGAGCAGUUGUCAAGACCUUGGGAACAAGAUAUGCUCUACUAAUGAUCUUUGCUAUCAUUAUUGAUGGAUUAGGUAUUACCCAGGCUUACUUUCUCAAGAAGCUAAUAAAGUACUUUUCUGUGGGGACCAAAGUUACUGAGAAGGAUGCUUACAUCUAUGCUCUAGUUGUCAGCCUAUGUAGUAUUGGGUCUUUGUUCUUCAAUACUCCUUAUUAUUAUCAUCGUAAGAUAACAGGAUUGCUUGCAAAAGAGGGCUGUAUCACACUCAUUUAUGAUAAGAUUCUCAAGCUUGACCCAACUACUUGCAACAAGAUACAAAACCAAAACAUAAAUAUUGGGAGCUUAAUAACUUCAGAUGCUGCAAAGAUUGAGUCAGCGUUCUUUUAUCUUCACUACCUGAUCUUGGGUCCAGUAGAAGUGUUAGUUGUUCUUUACCUUUUAUGGGAAGAGAUAGGAGUGUCAUCACUUGCAGGGAUGGGGCUGUUGUUGUUGUUAGUUCCACUACAAGUCAAGAUGAGCUCAUUUAUUAUGUAUCUCAGGCGAGAAGCAUUGCAUGCUAUAGAUGCUCGCACCAAGGUCAUGCGAGAGAUCAUAUCAGGGAUUCGUGUGGUCAAGAUGUACACAAGUGAAGAUUUACUAAGACAGCUGAUUGGUGAUUUAAGAAGGAAAGAGAUUACUUGGUUCAAGCGCCUUUCUAUAGGGAAAUCACUCUUCACAUCUCUGUUCUUCAGCAGCCCCGCCCUGAUCAGUUUCCUGACCUUCAUGACUUAUGUUCUUGUAACAGACAAUAACCUGAAUGCUUCCAAGGUCUUCAUGUGUGUGGCUCUGUUUAGCUCUAUUCGUGUUGUCAUGACAAUGAUGUUCCCUGCUGCUGUGGCUGCUAUCGUUGAACUGCGUGUAUCAUUAGAAAGAGUACAGGAUGUUUUAAUGCUGGAAGAGUUAUGUCCUUCUUGUCGAGGGUUAAUAUCAAGUCAAGAAAAACCAAACCCUGGAGAAUACAGCAUCUCUGGUGAAAAUAUCACAGCAUCGUGGACUAAUGAUUUCAACAGACCAACCCUUCGUAACAUCAGCUUCAGCGUGGGCCAGAACCAAAUGUUGGCCGUCAUCGGUGAAGUUGGAUCAGGCAAGACGUCCUUCCUGCAGGCCAUUAUAGGUGAGCUGCCCUUCAAGGAAGGAUCCAUGAAAGUCAAUGGAAGAAUAGGUUACGCCUCACAGCAAGCCUGGGUCUACAACGGGUCUGUUCGGGAAAAUAUCAUAUUUGGUAAAGAUUACGAUGAAAAACGCUUCAAGGAAGUCAUUAAAGCCUGUGCGCUGGAAAGGGACUUGAAGUUGUUUGCUGAGGGGGACAUGACGUUGGUGGGUGAAAGAGGAACUUCCCUCAGUGGAGGACAGAGAGCCAGGAUAGGCUUGGCAAGAGCUGUGUACUCAGAUGCUGAUAUCUUUCUGUUGGAUGAUCCGCUCAGCGCCGUGGAUAUUCAUGUUGGAAAUCAAUUGUACAAAAGAUGUAUCCGUGGUUAUUUGUCAUCCAAGGCUCGUAUUCUGGUUACACAUCAGUUCAGAUACAUCAAGGAAGCUGAUCACAUUAUUGCUCUAUCAGAGGGUGAAAUCGUAGCUCGAGGAAGCUUUACCGAUAUUCGUAUGUCAGGAAUCGAUCUGAUCUCCAUGUGUCCCUUGAAAAAAUCCAUAGAGGAAGAAGAAGAGCUGCAGGAGAUCGCUGAGACUGUGACACCCAAACCUGAACUACGUCAUCGUCGUCAUAGUAACGCUAGCACAUCUUCCUCCAAGUUCAUGGAUUUGAUUCGUCCCCAGGCUCAGUUAUCACAUCAUGUGACUGAGAUCCUUGAAGAGAACGAAGGUGAAACUGGUGCAUUCCAAGUACCUGUCUAUGAAGAAGAAAUAAAACCCAAAGAAGAAACCAAACAUGAGGGAGCUGUUUCCAUAGCAACCUAUGUAUCUUACUUCAAGUCACUCCACAACGCCUGUGCCGCCAUCUUUGUUUUAUUUCUGUUUGUCUUGGCGCAGGUUCUUUCUAUGCUUGCCGAUUGGUGGUUGUCGUAUUGGUCUGACAUAGAAGAGAAAUACUUCAUAACAUCUUCCAAACCAGAUCGUUCUUUGUAUCUGGGAGUCUUUGCUGGUUUUUCCUUCGGUCUGUUGAUCGUCACGUUGGCUCGUACUCUUAUCUUCUACACGCUUUGCCUCAUCGCUUCGUGUCAUCUUCACAACAGAAUGUUCAGUGCUUUAAUCAGGGCUCCAGUUUACUUCUUCGAUAAUAAUUCACUCGGUCGUAUUCUGAACCGUUUUUCCAAAGACAUCAAUUACGUGGAUGAAAGUCUUCCCACUACUCUAAUGGAUUUCUUCCAGACUGCCUUCAUGACCAUGGGUGUCAUAUUCUUGGUCGGUAGUAAAAGUCCCAUCUGUUUUGCUAUCGUUCUUCCAAUAUUGAUCUUCUUCGUGAUCGAAAGAAUGUACUACAUAAGAACCGCCAGAGACCUGAAGAGACUAGAUGGAGUUACGCGCAGUCCCUUAUAUGGUCAUUUUUCCACCACACUACUUGGCCUGGACACCAUUCGUGCAUUCGGUGCCAAAGACGCCUUCUUUCACGAGUUCCACCACUAUCUUGAAGUAAACACUCGUUCAAUAUUUGGUUACAUCUCUGUGUCAUCCUGGUUGACGUUCAGGCUCGAGCUCCUCUCCGUCAUCUUUGUUUCCUUUGUGGCUCUUAUUUCACCUGCUGUUAAAUCUUCCCUUAGCCCAGGAGCUGUAGGACUUAUCGUCACAUAUGCAACUAAACUAUCGUCUGUUUUGGCCAAAACCAUCAAGAAGAGCACAGAAGUAGAAAAUAUGAUGACGUCAGUAGAACGUAUAGUUGAUUAUUGUAACCUUGAAUCAGAGGCGCCCAUGGAGACCGAUGUCAAACCACCCAAGGGAUGGCCUGACAAGGGAGCAAUCAACAUCACCCACAUGAACUAUUCUCAUCACAAGGACAAGCCAGUAGUACUUCACGAUAUUACCUUGCAAAUAAAACCUGAAGAAAAGCUUGGCGUACUUGGUCGGUCAGGCGCUGGGAAGUCCUCGUUCAUCUCUAGUUUAUUCCGUAUGGCAGAACCUUCUGGUUUGAUAGAAAUAGACGGAGUGGACAUCAGCAAAAUAGGUCUUCGGAAUCUACGGAAUGCAAUAACAAUCAUUCCCCAGGAACCGGUUCUUUUCUCUUCAACUUUGAGAAAAAACCUUGAUAUUACGUUGAGUAAAGAAGAUGUAUAUAUCUGGUCAGUCUUAGAACAGGUCCAACUAAAAGACUACGUUGAACGUUUUCCUAACAAACUGGAAACGAAAAUUAACGGUUUUGGCUUGCAAUUCAGCGUUGGUCAGCGGCAGUUAAUAUGUUUGGCACGCGCCAUUCUUUGCCACACCAAAAUCCUGGUCAUCGAUGAGGCGACAGCCAACGUGGAUUCCAGGACGAGUAAAAUCAUUUGGGACGUCAUUAAUUGUCGGUUCAAGGAUUGUACUGUUAUCACCAUCGCGCAUCGUCUCUUUCCUGUCAUGCAAAAUGACAGAGUUGUGGUUUUAGAUGCUGGUUACAUUCGAGAACUAGAUUCACCACAUCGCCUUCUGCAAAACCCCAGCAGUUAUCUGUCUCACGUUGUUAAUGACGCAGGACCGCACGAGGAGAAAAAGCUACGAGAAUUGGCGAAGAUAACACACGACAAGAAAACAAAACCUGGACCAGUGAACAGCACAGUAAUCGCGCCCGAAACUAGGAACACUCAGGGACAACAGGAAAAACAGAAAAAACAGGAAAAUGAUGUGAAAGAAGAGGUAUCUCUGACAGAUAUUCCAGAAAUACGAAUCGAUACUGGUUCGUCGUAUGUUACAUCCUUAUAGUUAUUCCAGAAAUACGAAUCGAUACUGGCUCGCUGCAGUUUCGAUUGCACUUCAUUUUGCAUAUUUUUAUGGUGUAUAUAUUAUCUUUUGCAAGUAGAAUCGUCUGAAAUCUUUCGGCAUGUAAAAGAAACCACCAACCCAAUAUUGGUAACCAUGUAUUUCAACAAACUUGGUUGUUAGAAUCACGAGUUGUAAGAAUUAUUUUUAAUAAACUUCCUUUGUGUUUUAUAGCA